GAAACACUCAGAGAGACAGAGAUCUGUAGACAGCAAACCCAGGAAAGAGACACAGACAGAGACAUGGAGUCAGAGAUGUAGAGAGAUGGGGAUGUGGAGAAGGGGAGACACAGGGACAGGCUUCAGAGAGACAGAGACGGGGCGGGGGAGGGGGCAGCGGGGAGGAGGGAAAUGUUGGCCACAGAAAAUUGAGACUUAGAGAAGGGGACAGCGAGAGACAGAGAUGUGGGACAUAGACUCAGAGAUGUGAUGAGACUAGUAGAGACCAGGCUAAGAGAGACCAAGAUCCAGGACGGACCCGGUUAAGGACAGAGACCCAACGCCUCCCGAGGGAGGGGGCAGUGGGAGGCGGUCCCAGAAGAGAUGGAUCGAGAGACAGAAGCGACCGGAAGGCCUUGGGACCGGGGGCAGGGGGCGCAAGGAUCCGAUCUGGGCCGGCUGCCGAGAGAACGUGUCCUGCUCCAUCUUGCCUAAUCUCUACUGCCUCCCAUCUUCUCAGGAGUCAACUCACGUGGACCCACGCAGCCUACCCAGCCAUAGCCCCCACUCCAGCUGACAGGUCUACCUUCCCUCGGCCCGCCCUCCUCAUCCUCUCGGGCCAUCCAUCUCCCCAUUUCCCCACCUCUGGCCAUCUCUCUCCCGCCCUCCGCUCCAGCCUUGAUUCUCCGCUCAGCCUGGCGGCCCGGUCCAACGUCCUGCGUGCCCCAUGCCCGCCCUCCUGCUCCUCGGGACGCUCCUGCUGUUGGCCUCCACUGCCGGCCAGGCCGGGGCGCGCCCGUCCAAUGCCACGAGCGCCGAGCCCCCGGGUCCGCUGCCUGCCCUGCUGGCGCACCUGCGGCGCCUGACUGGGGCGCUGACGGGUGGCGCGGGCACGGCGGGCCCAGGCACCAACAGCACGAGGACCAGCCCGGCGAGCGGGCCGGGCGCAGCGGCGCGGGCGCCCCCUCCGGCGGAGCUCUGCCACGGCUACUACGAUGUCAUGGGCCAGUACGACGCCACCUUCAACUGCAGCACCGGCUCCUACCGCUUCUGCUGCGGCACCUGUCACUACCGCUUCUGCUGCGAGCACCGCCACAUGCGCCUGGCGCAGGCCUCCUGCUCCAACUACGACACGCCGCGCUGGGCCACCACGCCGCCGCCGCUGGCCGGGGGCGCCGGGGGCUCAGGGGGUGCGGGCGGGGGACCCGGGCCCGGUCAGGCCGGGUGGCUAGAAGGGGGCCGGGCAGGGGGCGCCGGGGUGCGUGGGGGCGAGGGCCCCGGGGGCAGCACGGCCUACGUAGUGUGCGGGGUCAUCAGCUUCGCCCUGGCCGUGGGCGUCGGCGCCAAAGUGGCCUUCAGCAAGGCGUCCCGUGCGCCCAGGGCGCACCGGGAGAUCAACGUACCCAGGGCUCUGGUGGACAUUCUGAGGCAUCAGGCCGGGCCUGGGACCCGCCCGGACCGGGUACGAAGCAGUUCCUUGACUACAGGGGUCGGGGGUCCUGACAGCAUGCCUCCAAGGACGCCCAAGAACCUCUACAACACCGUGAAGCCCUCCAAUCUUGAUAACCUGCAGCACAACUACCUGCACCUGAACGUCAACAGCCCCAAGCACCAUGCCACCACACUGGAUUGGAGGGCCGCCCCGCCACCCAGCCCCUCUUUGCACUACUCCACACUGUCCUGCUCUCGUUCCUUCCACAACCUCUCACAUCUGCCCCCGUCCUACGAGGCCGCUGUGAAAUCUGAACUCAACCGCUAUUCCUCCCUCAAGAGGCUGGCGGAGAAGGACCUGGAUGAGGCCUACCUGAAGCGCAGGCACCUGGGGGAGAUGCCCCGUGGGACGCUGCCCCUGCACACACUGCGGCGACCUGGCACAGGCGGCGGCUACCGCAUGGAUGGCUGGGGCAGCCCCGAGGAGCUGGGCUUGGCGCCCGCGCCCAACCCGCGGCGGGUUAUGUCCCAGGAGCACCUACUGGGUGACGGGGGCCGGGCGCGCUACGAGUUCACGCUGCCGCGCGCGCGCCUUGUAUCGCAGGAGCACCUGCUCCUGUCCUCGCCUGAGGCCCUGCGCCAGAGCCGCGAGCACCUGCUGUCGCCUCCUCGCAGCCCUGCGCUGCCCCCUGAGCCCGCCUCCCGCGCGGGUCUGGCAGCCUCCCACUCCAACUUGCUGCUAGGGCCUGGGGGGCCCCCCACGCCACUGCACGGGCUGCCCCCGCCGCCCGGCUUGCACGCGCACCACCACCACGGCCUGCAUAGCUCGCCACAACCCACCUGGAUGACAGACGCCGGCGGGGGCGGAAGCACGCUGGCCCACAGGCCUCCCUUCCAGUGCCAGGGCACGCUGGAGCAGCUGCAGUUCAUUCCUGGCCAUCACCUGCCCCAACACUUGCGCACUGCCAGCAAGAAUGAGGUGACUGUCUGACGCCAGGUCGGGGUCUUGGGGGCUGCAGCCUUGUGGGUCCCCAACCCAGCCUGGAUCCAAGGUCCCAGGGUCCCAGGAUUCCAGGACCCAGACUGGCUUGAGGCCCCAGGGUGUGGGGGGACUGCCUUUGAGGACACUGCUUUGGAUGAAAUCGUCACUGGAGACAAAGCCCCUAGAAUGUCACGCGGAUAAGAUCCUCCUAUGUCAAUGUUUGAGGCCAGGCCUCCUUCCCAUGACGUCAUCACAGAGGAAGAGGCCCGUCCCUGAGGUCAUCACUAGAGGCCAUGUCAAUGUUCUAUGAUGUCAUCACAAAGACUUCCUUCUUGUGAUGCCAUUGAGACAAUACCUUGUCCUAUGUCAUCAUCCCUAAAGACAAAGACUCCUUCCUGUGAUGUCCCUGCAGAGAUAAGUCUCACCUUUAUGAUGUCACCUCUGGCACCAAAAGGCCUCUUUUGACAUCAUCACCACCAGGCAACUAUUUCCUCCAGAGAAGAUGCCUCUGUCUAUGAUGUUGUUGCUACAGACAAAGCCAUCUUGCUGGGACACAUCACAGGAGAACAUGCCUCACCAAGUGUGUCCUCACUAGGCCUCCUUUCCACGACAUAAUCACAGGGACUCUGCCUCCUUCCUGUGAUGCCAUCGAUAGAGAAGGUGCCUUGCCCUAUGACAUCAUCAGAGAGACUGUGCCUCUUCCAGGGGGUCAUCAUCAGAGGUGAGAGUCCUUCUGUGAUGUCACCACCAGACUCUGCCUGAUCUGAGAUGACUCCAUGAGACACCUCACUGCUGCUGCCACAUCACAGAAGGCAUGGCAUGCCCAGAGUCCCUGAGAAAGUGUCCUGUACUAAGAUGUCACCUGAGGGACGUCAUCACUGGGGAGGCUGCCCUGUCUGGGAAGGCCUCCCCAAAGGUGACAGUCUGUCUGUAGAUUGUUGGCAAUGAGGAACCCCCACCUUUAUCUGAAGCUCUGCCCCAAUGCUGUGAUGUCAUCACCAGAGACACUGCCCGCUCUGGAGGGCCAUCACUUGUGAUAGUGUCACCAGUUUCUGCCUCGUCCCACCAUGACUCAGCUUGGUCGUUCCUUCCCCUGACCCCAGGGACGUGUCCUGCAAGAUCUCUGCCAGACACUCCCUUUAAAGGGAGGUUAGGUCUUGGGUCCCACCCCUGUGCAAUGAUGUCACCUCCUGUGUGAUUCCUGGAGGACAGCACUCCCGGACUGGCUUGUGCUCUCAAAGAGCCACUCUGGCCCACUAGGCUCUUGGAGUCCUGCAACUCAUAGGUGGCCCAAAGGUCGGCAGCACUUCUCUCUGCUAUAACCAGAGACAUCAUCACCUGUGUCAACCAUGUCCUGGCCUCUUGUUGGGAUGGGGGAGGGGUAUGCCUGCUAUUGAUCUUGCUGAUGACAUCAUCAGCACCAUGAGACUGCCUUCACUCAUGAUGACAUUGCUCCUGGGGUCAAAUGCUAACCAUGCCUGAUGAUGACAUCAUUUCCCAGGAUUCCCUAUGAACUAUGGAGUCUUCAUCUCCCAGGGUCCACCACAACUAUGAUGUCAUCUUUCAGAAUUUACCAUGACUAUAAGGUCACCUUCUCCCAAGGUUCCCAAUAGCCAAUGGUGUCACCAUCUUCCAUGAUUCUCCACAACCAUGGUGCCAUCAUCUUUCAGAAUUCACCAUGACCAAUGAUGUCAUUACCUUCCAGAAUCCUCUGUGGCUGGUGGUAACAUCCUCUACCAGGAUCCACUAGGACUGAUGAUGCCAUCAUUUUCCACAAUCCCCCAUAAUUGUGGUGUCAUCAACUUUCAGGAUCUACUUCAACUAUAAUGUCUUCAUGCCCCAGGAUCCAUUUCAGACAUGGUGUCACUACCCCUCAGCAUCCAUGAUGGUCUGUGGUGUCCCAGGACCCUGAUACCCAAUCAUGUCAUCAUCUCCCAGGAUCCAGGACACCCAAUUGUGUCAUCACCUCCCAGGAUCCAUUUUGGCAAUGGUAUCAUCAUCUGCUGGGAUCUACCAUAACCAUGACAUCAUCACCUCCCAGGACCCAUGAUAUCCAAUUGUGUCAUCACCUCCCAGAAUCCAUUUCAGCCAUGGUGUCAUCAUCUACCAGGAUCCACCAUAACCAUAACAUCACCUCCCAGGAUCCAUUUCAACCAUAGUGUCAUCACCUCCCAGGAUCCAUUUCAACCAUAAUGUCGUCACCUCCCAAGAUACAUGACACCUAAUAGUGUCAUCAUCUCCCAGGACCCAGGACACCCAAUAGUGUCAUCACCUCUCAGGAUUCAUUUCAGCCAUGAUGUCAUCAUUUACUGGGAUCCACCAUAACCAUGACAUCCUCACCUCCCAAGACCCAUGACAUCCAAUUGUGUUAUUAUCUCCCAGGAUCCAGGACACCCAAUAGUGUCAUCACCUCCCAGGGUCCAUUUCAGCCAUGUUGUUGUCAUCUACGGGGAUCCACCAUAGCCAUGACAUCGUCUCCUAUGAUCCAGGACACCCAAUAGUGUCAUCAUCUUGCAGGAUCCAGGGCACCCAAUGGUGUCAUUUACCAGGAUCCACUUCAACCAUGUAUCAUCUUCCAGGAUCCAGCAUCUUGGGAGCCAAGUACUAUGACAGCUAUAUUUCAAUUGUCUUCUGGGGUCACAUGGCAUCUACAAGUUGUUCCCCUAGGAGAAUUCAGCACAAUACACACCAUUUCCCAUUGCCUCAAAAAUGGAGUAGAGUAGGGCCCCCUCUGAUGACACCAUUCCUACUCUGGCCCUUUUUGAUGAUGUCACUGCCUCACUCCUGACUGAGGCUGAUGCCUGUGUCAAACCCACCAAGACAUGGCCUUGGCCAGUCCCCCCAUCACUCCCCUGCUGAGGGCAGUCAGGCAGGUAACUGGCAACUUACUGCCCUUCACCCAACCAUUUGAUUGGUGACAGAGUCAACACAGAGACCUCUUAUUAUCACCAGAGAGUGGGGCUUUCCAGUCCUCGGGUGACAUCACAGCCCCUUACCCAAUCCCUGUUACCUGGACCUCCUCUGGGAGCAGCACUCCAUUGGCUUGGGCCAAACUCUCCUCAGAGACUCCUGUGGGCUAGGCCGACAGCUGAGACUUCCCUGGGGCCUCCAAUCAUGUCCUCUGCUGGCCUGGUCCUAAGGCAGGCACAUCUGGAGAGCAACACCAUUGCCAGCACCAUCUAUGGUGGGGGGAGGGGUUCUGCAUCAUCCCAAGAAUCCGACAAGCAGCAUUCUCUCCUUCAUCUCCCCCUCACACACUGGGGAGUCCCCAAGGGUUUGGAGGAUUCCCCAAUGCACAAUGCACAAUUUGCCCCCAAUUUUCUUUGUACAUAGCCAUGUUGUGGGGGGCGGCCAUUCCCCCCAUUCUUAAAGGGCUACACGCCCCCUCUCACAGCCUCCAGGGUGAGGUGGGGGGGGGCCUCUUCUCUCUCCUUUGGGCCGUACUUCUCCCUGUUCUGUCUUCCCUCGCCCCAAUACUGGCACCUCAGUUCAUGCCCACAGCCCCCAGGGCGAGGUGGGGGGGCCUCUUCUCUUUCCUUUGGGCCAUACCCCUCCCUCUUCUGUCUUCCCUCGCCCCAAUACUGGCACCUCAGUUUUUGCCUACUCAGCCCUUGGUUCCCACAAAUACAGGGAACGCAGGAGUGGGUUUACCCCCAUCUACCUGGGUCCUGAUGCCAGUUUUCAAUGCCAUGCUUACAGCUGCUCCUGUGGGCUCCUCAACCCCUUCUAGGGCCUCCCCAUGCCCAGUGCCCCUUGGGUAACUGCGACUUCACCCAAAAGGAGCCAACUUGAGCACCUGCCCCACCCAGACCCCGCCCCUCUGCUCACCACCCCCACAGAGCACUCAGCUUUCUCCAGCUCCUGGAAUUGGGGGGGCCUGUGGACUUUCAGCUUUGUAUGGCCCCCUUAACUUGCUCUCUCCUGGCCUAGAUUCCAGGUAUCUCGUCCCCUUUUCCCCUACUCACUCCGCACAGGCUGCCUGACCCAGGGGCCUUGACCUCUUAUCUUAAAUAAGCCAUAGUGGGGAUAGGUCCUGAGGAGGUGAGGAAAUAGGCGUGUCCUGUCAGAUCCAUCUGAGUCUUCCCUGUUCUCCCCUACCCCAUGAACACACACAUACACUCGCCUGCCCUUCUGGUCAUGGGCAGUGGGGGGCGGUGCAGAGAUGAGAAGAUAUUAAAUGGUUAUGGACCAGAAGACCCUCCCCAGCUCUGUCUCCCUUCUUACCUCUCCACUCCCCCCUCUCCCCACAGGUCCAUUGGUGAGGACAGCCAGCUGAGCUGCAAGUUGGUAUUUUUGGAAUAAACAGACAUUUUCCUGAU